ACUACCGGAAAUCGCGGGGAGGGUCAAAGGAGACCCGGUCUCCGAGGUUCAUGGCGAUGCUGGUGCUAGUACCUGGACGAGUUAUGCGGCCUCUGGGUGGCCAACUUUGGCGCUUCUUGCCUCGCGGACUCGAGCUUUGGGACCCAGCCGAGCGGACUGCGAGAGUCUUGCUGAGGCAGUUCUGCGCGCGGCAAGCGGAGGCGUGGCGUGCCUCGGGGCGCCCUGGCUACUGUCUGGGAACCCGGCCCCUCAGCACGGCGAGGCCGCCACCCCCGUGGUCGCAGAAGGGCCCCAGAGACUCCACGCGCCCCUCGAAGCCCGGGCCUGUUUCCUGGAAGUCUUUAGCAAUCACAUUUGCUAUUGGAGGAGCUUUACUGGCCGGAAUGAAGCACAUCAAGAAAGAAAAGGCAGAGAAGUUAGAGAAGGAACGGCAGCGACACAUCGGCAAGCCUUUACUUGGGGGACCAUUUUCCCUCACAACUCAUACUGGGGAGCGUAAAACUGACAAGGACUACUUGGGUCAGUGGUUAUUGAUUUAUUUUGGCUUCACUCAUUGCCCUGACGUCUGUCCAGAAGAACUAGAAAAGAUGAUUCAAGUCGUGGAUGAAAUAGAUAGCAUUACAACUCUGCCAGAUCUAACUCCACUUUUCAUCAGCAUUGACCCAGAGAGGGACACAAAAGAAGCCAUCGCAAAUUACGUGAAAGAAUUUUCUCCCAAACUGGUUGGCUUGACUGGCACAAGAGAAGAGGUCGAUGAAGUGGCCAGAGCAUACAGAGUGUAUUACAGCCCUGGCCCCAAGGACGAAGAUGAAGACUACAUAAGAAUAGAGAAAAGGCAGAAAUAGGGAGAAAGAGUGAUGUAAGCUACAGAGUAAGGCUUGAAGAGAGAACUGGAGACUUAAUUCCGACUUCUGUAUCAAAUGUGUGGAGAAACAUAGCCCCCCGUCUUGCUCCUACAGUGAACUAUCCCACAGCACUUGGAAUCCAAUUGUUGGCGCUCUUUUGGUGUACAUUCUUCCCUUGUGUGGGUAGGCAAGUGCUCUUUCCAUUUGCUAUCUUAAGAAUGUGUGUAUAAAAAUUAAUGCCCUCACAGACAUAUAAUGCGUGCUGGGGUAUGUUUGGGAGGUGUCUCCAGUUUGGUAUUUGUAAUCACAUUCCUGUCUUUCUUUGUCUUGCCAAAUAGCAGUCAAGCCUGCAAUAAAUUCCAAGGACUCUAAGUGCCAAAUCUCACUUAAAAUUGGAUUUUAUGAAAGUGUCUAACUAAAAAAACUGAUGACUAAGUUAAAGUUAGAGCUGGGACCACUUUAGGAUUUUGCUGGGAAAAUGGAUGCUGAGUUUACGAUGACUCUGUGGUUGGGGGGGGCAGCCUUUAUGCUCCUGAGGAUUUGCUUUCCAGGUGAUUUUUAAGAUGACUCCGUGAGUUGGGGGGCGGUGGGGAGGGCAGCAUUUGUGGCUCGUGAGGAUUUGCUUUCCAGGUGAUGGAUUGAUUUCAGAUAGGAUUAUUCAGUGGAGGAGACAAAAAUUUCCUUGGGGAGAAAAAUGUUUCUUUUCCUGUUUCUGUUUGAAUUACUAAUAUUAAAACUAAAUAUUGUUCAAAUUUAUAGAUUAUUUAAACUAGUGAUUAGUUUUCUGAUUUCUUCUCAUAAAGCAUGGUAAGCAGAAUUUUGGCAGUCAUGAAUGACAACCAGUUCUUUCUAAAACAUAAAGGAAUAAACCCAAGAACUUACUAAAGAAAGCAGUUUUUCACCAACAAUUAAUUCCAUGUGAUGUCUCUUUGUCACAUGUUUAGGGUCUGAGGAGAUAUCUUACUCAAAAACGAAGGUAUUUUUCAACAAGCAUUGCUAUUCCACAAACAUUGACUGCUUUAUGAAAGCCUGCAGCAGCUAUUUCUUAGAAGGUGAAUUCUUUUCUCAGAGAGUGUGUGGGUAAAUAUGUUAGGGAUUAAACCAAAAGAAUUUCAGGUUCCAGCUGAUGUGACAAGCAAUAACCAGUACAGAUGUUUAGGACACAAAAGAUUUUAGACAAUUUUUGUUAGGAAUUUGCUAUAAUAGGUUUAAGCCUGUUCCAUAAAUAGUAGAUGCUACAAAGGUUAUUUAGGCAUUAAUGUAAAGUUCUCUUAUCUUGCAGCAUACAUUCAGUGAAAUAAGCAGCUUAUUUUGGUAAUCUUUGUCACACUCUCGCCCCUUUUCU